AUGAGGACCCUUCCAUGGAAGAAAAAGAAUGGUUCGACUACACUAACUCUUCCAAAGAAAACCAUUGCAUCUGUCGGCAGAUCUACAAAGCGCCCUCGUGUUGAAGCUUCUCCUUCUGACAGCGACUACAAUUCCGACCAUCCUCCCAAGCAGAUCAAAGCCAUAAACCAUAGUCGUGAACCAUCUACAUCGCCUCCGCCAGAACCUCCAACUGAAAGUUUCAUGGAGGAAGGUCGAGAGCAUGAUGAUAAAUAUCGUAUUGUUGAAGACGAAUUUUUGACAGUUGCAAAGUCGUUCACUGUACAUCUACACACAGCCGAAUAUAAAAGACUUGGGAAAAUGGCCAAAACACGAAAUGCUGAUGCUAUCAAUUCGAUUUCAAGGCCUGUGGUUGGUAGAAUGCCAGAUGCAACAAGGCGUAGAGCCGAAGAAGUUGAAAGGUCGAAAAAUCAGCGAAACGUUCUAGAGAAAUUAGUUGGCAAAAAGGAAGAUGGCUUUUCUGGUGAUAGUGACGAAGAAACUUUGCCCUUUGUCGGAACAUCACUUUAUGGUCUGAUGACAAGUCCGAAGAAACGAGGUAUAUCACUCAUGAAAAUUUCUUCUCCAACCAAAACUACAAGAGCAGCUGCGGGAUUUCGCAAUCCCACUAAAUUCAAAACUUCACAGCGCGCGUCCUCUCCGACUAUCAAAAGUAAGACUCAAGCUGUGGAUCUGGAUCUAGAUGCCACAGCGUCCGAAGACGAUGAUGAUCUGGAUGCACCUAUUUCGGCUCCAAAAUUCUCAUUCUCUAGACCAAUUGAUGGGAAAGAUGCUGUUGAUACAAAGUCAGAAGCCAAAUUACCGAAAAUAUCAACUACAGCAACUCCCAGUAAGCUACAAAGCUCGAGGACCCCUGUGACUCUUGAGGCCAAUAUUUAUAAAUCUGGCAAAGCUCCGAUUGCUGAUCCGUCCUCUCAUUCAUCUACCACUCAAGAUAGGAUAGCAAGACGAAUUGCGCAGACGAAACUCAGAAGAAAACAGGAGGAGGAAGACAGAAAGAAACUCGACAUCAUACCGACAUUCUUAUGA